GUAAUGACGUCACUGUGAUGAGUAUCUGAUCCCAUCAGAUCAAAGGAAGUGUGUUUAGGACUACACCUAUAGCCAGCCAACCCAGGGAUUCUCAUUAUUUUUCACAUCAGGCAAACCUGCACUUUGAAGAGUUUUGAGGACAGCGAUGUAUCCAAAUAAUUUCCUCAACGGCCCACAGAUGGAGAAAUCCCGUCGCCUCCAUGCGUCAGAGGAGCUUAAACAGCUUCCAAAAGUCUUGUAUCACCAAUCUCAACCUAACCAACUGGAGUUAGAGAAACAGUUGCUGACAGUGGAGUUGGAAAAAAUGAGGAAGGAAAGUGUCAGGCACCUGCAACUUGUGCAAGAUCUGCAACACCAACUGAUGGAUGCAAGGACGCAAACGAAAAGGGAGAUAAAGGAAAAGGGGACGCUGGAUUCCUUAAUAAGGGCACUUCAGGUGGACUUAGAUGACAUCACAAAGAAAAAUAACACCCAGAAAAGAGAGCUGGAGACAGAGACUGCUAAGGUGGCCAGACUUCAACAUCUGGACAAGGUAAACCAAGCAGAGAUUGAAGACCUGAGGAAAGCAUAUAACGCCAAGCAUCAUGCAGCUCAGCAUGACAAAAAGAAGGUGGUCAGACUUGAUCAACUGACCCAGACGAUGCAGAGGAAGACCGGAAACAUCGAUAAGACCUUGACUGAUCAAUUGGCCCUGCUUGAAUCUCAGAUAGGCGCAAGAAAGACAGAGAAUGAGAAUUUGUGGGAACAAGUUAAAGAACUGCAGAAAACCAAGAAAAUCACAGCUGAUGAGAACCGGAGCCUUAUUGCGAAGGUGGGCCACCUUGAAUCACUGAAACAAGAAGAGACUGAACGUUUGUUGGCAGUAGUCUGUGAUCUUCAGCACCAGUUAAGAAAAGGUCAGGAACUCAUCAGGGAUAAAAAAGAGAAAAUACAGAAGCUGAUCUCUAUUGGAAAAGAGUUGGGGAAUGCACUGCGUGAUCUUCAGAAAAAGGAAGCCUCUCUGAGUGAGCAGAACACGAGCGCCACCAUCAGGGAUAAAGAUGAGGAAAUACAGAAGCUGACAAAAGAGUUGAAUCAAGCACUGCAUGAUCUUCAGAAAAAGGAAGUCUCUCUGAGUGAGCAGAACACGAGCGCCACCAUCAGGGAUAAAGAUGAGGAAAUACAGAAGCUGACAAAAGAGUUGAAUCAAGCACUGCAUGAUCUUCAGAAAAAGGAAGCCUCUCUGAGUGAGCAGAACAGGAGCGCCUUCGAUGAGCUGGCUCGACUUGAGUCUCUGACAGCAAAAGAAAAUGAGGACAAGAGAAAGCUGAAGACAACUGUUCAGUAUCUCCAGAACCAAGUGCAGGUGGAUAAUGAACACAUGUACCGAAUGGACAAUCACAUAACAAUCCAAACCAGGCAAAUUGGUAUUUAUAAGGAACAGUUAGAAGAAUAUCACACCCUAACAACCGAUUUGAAGCAAUCAGUCUGUGAACUUAAACGCCAGCAAAAGGUGAGGCAGGGGGUGGAGAUAGUAGCUGGCGUUGAGCAGCAGAGAGAUGAGAACUUCUCUGAGACGACACCUGGGGAUCAGAGCGAUGAGACCUUCUUUGGCGCUACAGUUGAGAUUCAGAGCACUGAAACCUUCUUUUACGCUACAUCUGAGGAUCAGAGCGAGGAGACCUUCUAUGACACUGCAUCUGAGGAUCAGAGCAAGGAGAGCUUCUAUGACACUGCACCUGAGAAUCAGAGCGAGGAGAGCUUCUAUGACACUGCACCUGAGAAUCAGAGCGAGGAGAGCUUCUAUGACACUGCAUCUGAGAAUCCGAGCGAUGAUACCUUCAAUGACGCUACAUCUGAGGAUCAGAGCGAUGAGACCUUCAAUGACGCUAAAUCUGGGGAUCAGAGGGAUGAGAGCCUCCCAGAGUCUCCAGCUUCUGGGUCUCGGACCAGAAGUUUCUUGCGCCGCUGUGCUAAACUUGUACUGAUUGUAGGUCUUCCUCUUGCCAUGGCCACUGCAGGUAUAGACGUAGCUCUAGACCUCUUUGGCAUUAACUUCUAAACUACAAUGAAGGCUCAUAGUGGGUGAGAGGUACGGGCGGCUGUGGUUCAGGAGGUAGAGAGGAUCGAACUACUAAUCGUGACGAUUAGUAGUUCGAUCCCCGGCUCCUCCGGUCCGCAUGUUGAAGUGUCCUUGAGCAAGAUACUGAACCCAAAAUUGCUCCCGAAGGCUGAGCCAUCGGUGUGAAUGUUUAAAAAAAAUAAAAAAAUAAAAAUUAAUAACAACAA